CACCACCUGACGGAGAGCGAGCGGCUGUGCGAGAGGAGCCAGUGGGGGGGAAAGAGGGAGUCAGCGGCGGAGGAGCCGUACUCAGCAUACCUCAGCAUCACUGAGCAUCUCUCUGCAUCUCUCUGCAUCGCUGAGGAUCGCCGGGGCAUCGCCCAGCAUCACUCACUCAGCAGGUCUCAGCAUCUCUGAGCAUCAUCUCCGACUGUCACUCAGCAUCCCUGAGGAUCUUCCCGUAUUAGAGCAUCUCUGAGCAUCGCUCGGCAUCACCGAGGAUCUCUGAGAACCUUUCCGUUUUACAGAGCGCCUCUGAGCAUCCCUGAGCACCGCUGAUCGUCAGAGAGCGAUGCCGUGCGACGUGCCCCAGGGCUGAUCGCGCGCCACUCGGCCCCUUGCCCGCAUCCCCCUGCUGCAUGGGGGCUCUCUGACACGCACAUCCGCGGCAGAACCCCCCCCACGCCCCACGUCACGCCGUGCCCGAUGCCGAGGGAUGGAUCAUAGCGCGUGCGGCGGCGACGGCGGCGCGAUGGUGGAGAGCGACGAGCGCGCGGAGAGGGCGCCGGCCGCCGCGCUGCAGCAGUGCGCGCUCCUGCAGAACAUGAUCGACAUCUCCAUCUCCAGCCUGCAGGGUCUGCGGACCAAGUGUGCGGCGUCCAACGACCUCACGCAGCAGGAGAUCCGCACGCUCGAGGUGAAGCUGCUGAAGUACAUCUGCAAGCAGCUGCAGUGGAAGCGUGUCGUGCCGGAGGGGGAGAGGUCGCUGGCCCUUGAGGAGUAUCCCCGCCUCGCGGACUGGCUGCGCACUGUCAACCUGCGGCCGGAACUCAUCCAGGCCGUGCCAGCACACCUGUCUCUGGAUGGCCUGCUCCAGAUGGCUGCCCCUCAGGUGCACCAGAUGAUGGGGAGUCUGGGUGCCAGUGGGGAGGAGUGCUCCCGGCUGGCCACCGCCCUGUCCUGUCUGAGGAGCGCUGCCGAAUCAGGGGGUGAGCUGAGAGAGGAUGGAACAUCUUGGAUGUCAGAGCCUAUAAGACGAGACAGUGGCUCAUCCAUCCCCCCUUUGGACCAGCUGAGCUUCCCAGGGGUGCCUCUGCGGCCGCAUAGUCCUUCCCCUUUGGCCCGUUCUACCCCCUUCAGUCCUGACGGCUUCUCAGAGCCCUUUCCCCCUAGCUGUGCCUUGCCAUGCCACUCCUCAACGCCCCCCGUGUCCCCAGCCACAAGGAGAAAGCCUCGCCUGAAGCCCCCUUGCACUCCUCCACCUCCCUCUCGGAAGGUUGUGCAACCCCUCCCCAACAUCACCCUCACCCGCAGCCGGAGUCACGAAUCACAGCUCGGCAAUCGCAUUGAUGAGCCGACUGCUGGAAGGUCUGGAAAGAAAAACAAGUUGCUGAUGAAUGUACAGGUUAAUGGCGGACUUGCCGGUGGUAAUGGGUACGAAGACUCCAUGUCCCGUUCUCCGCUUCUUCCAGGCCGUGGCCCCCACAACUUUUCAGAGGAGCCCAACAGCCUGAAGAAUAGCAUCCCGGGCCGGCGAAGCUCUCCUCAGACUGUCCAACGAGACAUUGGCUUGUCCGUCACUCACAGGUUCUCUACUAAGUCUUGGCUCUCGCAGACCUGUCAGGUGUGCCAGAAGAACAUGAUGUUUGGUGUCAAGUGCAAACACUGCAGGUUAAAGUGCCACAACAAAUGCACCAAAGAGGCACCCUCCUGCAGAAUAUCUUUUCUCCCAAUUGCAAAAAUCCGGAGGACGGAGUCGGUGCCGUCGGACAUCAACAACCCAGUAGAGCGCCCAGCGGAGGCCCCACAAUUCGGUACCCUGCCCAAGGCCAUCAACAAAAAGGAGCCGCCACCGGUGCUGAACCCGUUGGACUCCAGCAGUAACCCCUCCUCCACCACCUCUUCCACCCCCUCGUCACCUGCACCCUUCCUGCACAGCAAUCCGCCCAGUGCUACACCUCCUCCCAACCCUUCCCCGAAAGGUCACCGUGACAACCGCUUCAACUUUCCAGCUGCCUGCUACUUUCAGCACAGACAGCAGUUUAUCUUUCCUGACCCCCCCAGUGGCGCCACUCUCCGUCCCGAGGGAACUCACCACCAGCCAGAGGCCGACCCACCGUCGGACGACCCCAAAUUGCCACUGGCGACGGAGGAGGAAGUUGAUGAGGAGGAGGAGAUGGAUGAGGGCGAGGAGGGGCUGCGGGAGGACUAUGACCCAGAGGAGGUGACAGAAGACCAGGAUGGGGAAGGAUUGUCCGUGAGAGUAGGGGGCUCAGAUGGGGAAGGCAAUCAAGAUGAGCUGGAGGAGCUGCCCAGCUCACAGGGUGGGACUGGGGGAACCACCUGGAAGGGGCCCAUCUCGCGCAAACCUAGCCAGACCAGUGUGUACCUCCAAGAGUGGGACAUCCCGUUUGAGCAACUGGACUUGGGCGAGCUCAUUGGCAAGGGCCGCUGGGGCCGCGUGCACCGGGGCCGCUGGCACGGGGAGGUGGCCAUCCGGCUGCUCGAGAUUGAUGGCAACAACCAGGACCACCUGAAACUCUUCAAGAAGGAGGUGAUGAACUACCGGCAGACACGGCACGAGAACGUUGUGUUGUUCAUGGGCGCCUGCAUGGCUCCGCCUCAUCUGGCCAUCAUUACCAGUUUCUGCAAAGGACGAACACUGUACUCUGUUGUGAGAGACACCAAAAACCCGCUGGAUAUCAACAAGACCAGGCAAAUCGCUCAGGAAAUUGUCAAGGGAAUGGGCUAUCUUCAUGCCAAGGGCAUUGUUCACAAGGACCUGAAGUCCAAGAACGUGUUCCAUGACACCAACAAGGUGGUUAUCACUGACUUUGGUCUCUUUGGGAUCUCUGGGGUGGUCCAGGAGGGCAGGCGGGACAAUGAACUGAGGCUACCUCGCGGGUGGAUCUGCUACUUGGCCCCUGAGAUUGUGCGUAGGAUGCGGCCCGGGACCACGGAGGACCGCCUGCCCUUCUCCAGCGCUGCUGAUGUCUAUGCAUUCGGAACCAUCUGGUACGAAAUGCAGGUGCGAGACUGGCCCAUGACGUCUCAGCCCGUGGAGGCCACCAUUUGGCAGGUGGGCAGCGGAGAGGGCAUUAGGAAGCUGCUGAUGGAGCUCAAUCUGGGCAAGGAGGUUAUGGAGAUUCUCUCAGCUUGCUGGUCCUAUGAGCUCCGAGAUCGACCGAGCUUCCUUCAGCUGGCUGACAUGCUUGAGAAGCUUCCCAAACUGAGCCGCCGACUCUCACACCCCGGUCACUUCUGGAAGUCUGCAGAGUUGUAGCCAUCAGCAAAAAAGUCGUCCCUGCUGCCACCGGCACCUGAGACUGGGGGCUCUGUGCCUGCUUCCAAAAUCUGUGGCACAUGCUCACAUUUACACCUGUUUGCGCACCUCUUCACACCCCUGUUCACAGCCACCCCGUACAGCACCCUGACGCUGGUUCUGGAACCUUCCUGCUCUCUAUAAUUUUGACAUCAAUGGGGGCAACUGGAUACUUUGGUUUAACUCUUUAUUUCUUUUUUUUGCACUGCUAUCAACACAGCUUUUGUAAAUGUGAUUCCUUAUUUAUAUUUAUGCACUUUAUUUAAAUUUUUAAAAUUUGAUUUUUAUUGUUCUGGUGGUAUUUGUCUUGGGUCUGGGGCUUUGCCCACACUCCCAAUCUUGGUCUUAGUUGGAUGAGUUAACAGUCGUUCCUUCCUUCCCCAGAAUAUGUUGACCUGCUGCACUUUGCAAUGUGGAACUACAGAAAAAAAAAAUCCCUUUUCAUUUUUUUAUUUGAUUCUCAAUGAAUGAGAUUCAGUUAAUAAAUGAUCGCAGGAGAAAUACGUUGACUAUUUAUGAAGGAUUUGGGUUGUUGCAUUGUCGGAAAGUUAGACGAAAAGAACCGAAAGAAGAAAAGCAGAGAUGCCUUUUUGCUAUUCUGUGUUGUGGGAAUCGUGCAGUUGUGUGUAUGUUAUAAUAUUUAUAAUGAUGUUGAUUAUGAGACACUUUCAUCCAAAGUCCCUGUAAGUCCCUGUCUCUUGGUCUCAAGUUCGUUCUUUCUCUACCAAUGCAACUCCAGUUCUGUACCUCAUCAAGGGUACAACAGAAGGGCCUCUCCAGAGACUGUAAAUGAUAAUGUCCUGGGCUCAAUGACGAUUCCUUAGGCAUUUGUACAGUGGUAGGGGCACAGGAAUCGAAAGACAGAAUGGCACCACACAUACAUUCUUAUCUCAUUAAAAAGUCAAGGCAAAAAGAAUACAUUGACUUAGUAAUACAGCAUUGAAUAACCUUAGACCUGUUACCUCCUUUGCAUUUGUGUGUGUGUGUGUGUGUGUGUGUGUGUUUUGGUUGUCACCGCUGGUAUGUUUGAGUGGUGGUG